AUGAUUAAAAAUAAGAGAUAUAUUUAUAUUAUAAUCUUUACUUUAUUAUUAAUUAUAACGCAUAUUAUUGUUCAUACUUAUGCUAGAAUUGGAAUUCUUUCCGAAACUUCGAUUCAAUUCUUUAUUGAUACAGUAAUUCAUAAAAAUAUUGAAUAUUCUCAAGAUUAUAUUAGAAAUCAUGUUCCAGAAUCAUCACCUAGAUUUCAAGGUCAUUGGCUUCGUCUCAUAAAACAUUAUAUUUCUUUACCACUCGAUGGUGGUUAUGGAUCUCAUAAACUUGCUCUUCUUGCUGCACUUAUAUUAACAGAUAAAAAUGGUGGACCUAUAUUAGAGAUGGGUUGUGGUUAUCAUUCAACAAAUUUUCUUCAUCAAAUAGCUGUUAAUGAACAAAAACGUUUUGUUCUUUCGACAGAUACUGAUUAUGAAUGGAUAUUAAAGUUUAAAACAAAUAUGUCAUCAACUCUUCAUCAAUUUCGUUUUAUUAAUCUUAUAUCAGAAUGGAAUGGCAUUGGUAAUGAUCGAUCUCGAUGGUCAAUAGUUCUUAUUGAUCAUAAACCAGGUGAACGACGUGUACUUGAUAUUAUUCGUUUAGUAAAUAUAACGGAUAUACUUAUAGUACAUGAUACAGAAACUAAUCAAUAUGGAUAUGAACGAGGUCUUUUUCUAUAUCCUUACAAAUAUCAUUAUACUUAUUUAUCAACAGGAACUGAUAUAGCAAGUAAAAGUAAUGCAACUUUGUUACAAAAUAUAAAACAUUUACUUGAACUUACAAUUAGUAUGAAAAUACCAAAAUAA